CGGGAGUUGUAGUUUCCACCGUCGCUUCCUUGAUAUAGCACAGGCUGUCUCGGAGCUUCAGUAACCAGAUUCCACGAAGUGUGAUUUUAUCUUUUCUCUCCAUCACAUGUGUAAACCACGUGACUUUCCACAAUGCAGAGAAGACACAGAGGAGCCAAUACUGGACUUCUCCUACUGUUUGCCCAGAUCUAUCAAUUUGGAUUUAACAACAUUCCUCCGAUAACCCUAGCAGCACUUGGACUGAAUAUUUAUCUCUUUUUGAGCCCAAUGAAGCCAUUACUCUAUGCUUGCAUCAGUGUACAUGAGGGUUUGCACAACAGAGGUUGGCAGCGUUUACUUCUCUCACCGUUCCACCAUGCUGAUGACUGGCAUCUGUACUUCAACAUGGUGUCUUUGUUGUGGAAAGGCUCCAAACUGGAACUCAGACUUGGCAGCGUGAUGUUUGCUGUAAUAAUCGCUGUGUUUUCACAACUUAUCGGAGUGCUUUAUGUUAUACUACAGUUAUUUCUAGCAGAGUUCAUGCAGGAUCCCUCCUACAAUAUGCAAUGUGCUGUCGGCUUUUCAGGGGUACUGUUUGCUUUAAAAGUACUUAACAAUCACUAUCAUCCUGGAGGAUCAACUAAUGUUUUUGGAUUUCAAGUGCCCAAUAAAUAUUCCUGUUGGGUAGAGUUGGUGGUGAUCCAUAUACUAUCACCAGGGACAUCGUUUGUCGGGCAUCUUGCUGGUAUAUUGAUUGGGCUGUUAUAUACUCAUGGACCUCUGAAGCAGAUACUGACAACUAUAGCAUCUCUACUCUCUAGCAAUCCCUUACAAAGACCAACUUACUUCAACUCUUCCGGGUAUGCUAGACGUCCGGGUACUUAUAACCAACGGUACCAGACACCCAGCGCCUACGACAGGUUUACAGGAGGCCUUCCGGAAGAUGAGCAGCUGGAACGAGCCAUUAGAGAAAGUUUCAAUGAACAAAGAUUGAGAAGAGACUUGCCUCGGUCAUCCCAGGAGCAACAAUCAAUGGAUGAAAUAAGGAGACGAAGAAUUAACAGAUUUGUUUUUCAAUAAACUGGUCAAAUGGAAUUUUUAAAGCAAAACAAAAAAGUGUGCAUAAGUAAAAAUAGGAAAUUACAUGAGAGUCAAACAAUUGGUAAAAUCAGAAUGUAAUUAACUAAGUGCAUGACAUCGUCUGAGUCCACAACCACGAUUAAUUAUAAUACAGAAAUAAUAAAUGUAUCAAAAGAAGAGAGGGAAAAUAUACCAUAUUGAAAUUAAACACUAAAGAAAAUUAUUUGACUAAACAGGGCCGGUAUAAAUGUCAUGGUCAGUAACUACCAGUCAUGGCUUUCCUCAGUGCAACACUGUACUGCCAGGAUUUUGGAACUUAAAUUGAUAUGGAAGACCAAGGUUCCCCAUUUUAUUUUGGAGAGGAACUAUAUCAUGGAAGAAGUUUAACAGCAAUUAGCAAUAAGUUACCUCAUUGAUGCUCAAAAUGUAAUAACUGGCAGAAUAUUAUAUGUUUUAGGGAGGAGAAUUCAAUAUCUCAUUAAGUAAAGGAAAUGUUUCUUACAGAGGAACACUGAGCCAGUGGCUCAUCCAGGCCUCUAGGUGCCAUGGCAAAAAAAACUUUCUAUAAAAGAGGCCAAAAUUAUAGAUAAGAGCCUCUGUCGAUGGUCCUAAUACCACUUACUUACAACCUUGUAGACUUUGGGAGGUUUUAAAGAGUAUUUCUUGAAGAAGGGUAAUAUUUGCCAAUACAUAUGCAGAAUGCCACUAUAAAUCAUAGGUGGAGCCAGCAAAACACAAAGAUUGCAAGUGGAGAGAUAAAACAGAAAUAUAGUUUAAUUACUUUCUUCUCUGUAUGCUUUCUCUAUGCUGACUGCUGAUGUACAUAAAAGAGUUUAUAAUAAUGAUUUACAGUAAGCUAAGAUGGAAGCGCUCAGAUGAAGGGUUAAAUUUAAUUUUAUUUUUCACAUCUCACAAAUGCAUAGUUCUUAAAUUUAGGGAUAGGUUCACAUAUUAUUUAAAUCAGAAGUAACAGUUUCCCUUUAAAAUGUAGGAAUUCAACUUAAAACACACUGAUUUCCUGAAAUAUUAACGGGGGCGACUGUUAGCAGGACUUAACACUUUAUUGUUGAUCCUCCUGCAAAAGUUAUGAAUGUAUACUAGCAAACCCAAAGCAUUCGCCCAGUGUCUUCAUUUUAUUGGAGUGCGACAGAACAGGUUUGGGAAUAACGAGAUUUAAGUUAUUUUAGGUGAAAUUACCAUUUUAACUUGGAAAGUGACUUAAUGUACGUGUAUAUUAUACCUGCAAGUAAAAAGUGGCGCACAUGAGGC